AUGCAACUUUCAGCAGCUAUUGGUAUUAAUCGAAUUCUUGUAUUAACACGUAUGAUUGAUCCACCAUUAAUGAUACAAACAUCUGCUGAUUCAGAUGAUGAUAAAAUAAAUAUUAAUCAGAGACAGAAACAUUUACUUUGUAAUGCAGCACAUAAUAGUUCAGUUAUUCGAGAACAUUUUUAUAUGAAUGAAACAUUUUCACAAAUGAAACUAGCUUGGCGAAUGAAAGCUUUUCCUUCAAAUGUAUCUGUAACCAUUCUUAAUCGUCGUCAUUGUGAUAAAAAUCUUUCUAAAGAUUUAAAUGAAGCAUGGGAUCAACCACAAGAAUAUCGUCGUAUACAAUUAUUUCGUAAUCAAAUUCAACAUCGAAUAAUUGAUUCAACUAGAUAA